AUGAAGCAGAAGAACAUGGAUGUUCGUGUUUAUGGUGGUGAUGAUCAAUACACCAGUGAAAACAUAUAUGUUGAUGGGAAGGUUGAUAUCAUAAAAGGUAUUGAUCCAAACAAACUUUCUUUGUUGGAAUUAGAUGAUAUUGCUGAAAAGCUAGGGUAUGCACUAUAUUUGGCCUUCUACUACAAGUUUCUAGUUGUGAUUUGGCCAAUGGAGUAUUUUGUGUAUCCAGUUGGUUUGCCAGAACAAGGUAAGAAUAACCCAAUGGGUAGUGGAGAUACAGACUCUGAAAUAGAUUCUGAAUAUGUGGAGGAAGAAAACCAAACUGGUUCAGAGUCUACUGAAUAUGAAAAUGUUGUUGAUGAUAUGGAAUGUUCAAUAAUGAUAAUGUGGAUGUGGAAGUUCAAUGACCCAGUUCUAAUAAACAAGAGGGAUAUAAAGGGUAUUUAG